AUGGCCUGCACGAACUUCAACUCCCCGUACCAAGCGGAGAAGAGGCGGACCACUGAGGAUGUUGAGAACACAAAGUUGGAGAGCGUGAGCGCGGCCAUCGACUAUCGCGAAAUGGAUUUGAUACUUUUCCCUGAGGGGUCAUUAAAAAAUAUCAACAAUACCGUUGUCAGUGAGAAGCACUUGGUUGGGAAAUCCGUUGCUUUGUUCUUUUCGAACGGGAGUGACCCCAGGUGUAGAGCAUUCCUUCCUUUCCUGCAGCAGUACUACAAAACCAUCAACGAGGCAGGUGGCAGCCAGAAAAUUGAAGUAAUCUUUGUGAGUACGGACCCGGACAGGACCUCCUUCGAAGACCACAAGAAGCACAUGCCGUGGUUGUACAUUGACAUAGCUGACCCCUUAACAGAUAUUCUGAAGAAGCAUUUCCGAGUGAUGAACCCAUACGAAGUCCCUUUCUAUGGAUCAGGGCCAAGAAGUGAUGUUCCCUGUUUAAUCGUUAUUGGUAGUGAUGGGCGCGAGGCACAGCUCCUGCACAUUUGCAGUGGAAGGGACGAAGGAGAAAAGGGCAUUUUGCGAUGGGACUACAGGAAUAAUGUGUACUCGUUGAAUAAAAGGGAGUCUUCCUUCUGA